AUGGCUUCCUACAAGGUGCUCGGUAGUUUCAUCGUUGUUCUGCUGGUCGUGCUUGCCCUGAGUGGUUCGGCUGAAGCCGGUUACCGGAAACCGCCCUUCAACGGCAGCAUCUUCGGCAAACGUAGCGGCAACUCUGUCGACUACGAAGGAAAUGCCAAAGUGCUCUCCACGAUGUGCGAAAUAGCGGCCGAAGCCUGCCAGAGCUGGUUUACCCAAGAGCAAAAAUAA